CCAAAGCGGCUUCAGAGGGCCCCAAGACGGCCCCAAGAGAGCCUGUAGCCAUUUGGGCUCAAGGGCCCGUGUCAGAUGAAGUUAUCCGCCGCGUUAGUGUUUUUGGGCUAUGUGCGGAUUGAUAUAUGGGCAAUGGGUGAAUCAAGGUCUAACUCAACGGAAAGGGGUGCAAGACUGUGGCUUCAUGUGGGUCCCCACAAAACUGCUUCGACAACAAUUCAGAAACAACUUAAAGCUUGGCAGACCUCUCUAACAAGUGACGGCUGGACGUUGGAAGACCCUGCGCAGUUCGGACCUUUUGAAUUUAAACGAAUGACUCAAAUCGCGAACGUUGCAGAGUGUUAUCUGGGGAGCCAGUCCUGGUACAGGAAAUGCACAGAAACAAUUUGUUCAGAUUGGCUGCACUUUCUUGACCAGCUCAAAGGAACUUCCUAAAAGGUAGUGAUGUCUAGUGAGCGUUUCGACCAGAUCAAUGACACCAGCGUCGCACAGCUCGCGUUUGACUUAAGCCACAUCAGUACCACCAUCGUGAUGGUUUACCGACCAUUUUACGAUUGGAUCGCAAGUUGGUAUCGGCAGCUCAAGGCUCACGGGCAGGUUGAAUUGGCCUUCGCAGAUUGGCUAAGCGUUUCACAGAUGGAGGGCUACGCGUACAACUACUCGUUCACGACUUCUCUACAUAGUCGCUACGCCGCUCAUUUUUCUGAUGUGAAGGUGCACGUGAUGGGCCCCGAUAUGAUGACCGAUAUUGUCUGCGAUGACUUCAAUGCUGCGAACACGUGCGUGACGUCUAGGAAGGCCAAAGUGAUGAAGCUAAACGUCAGAGCAGAAUCUUCGCCACAUGAAUGCCUCAGUUCUCUGCAGCUGCAAACGCUGAGAACUAUAUCCAUUGAGUUGCACCGAGCGGCGUACGGUAUCUUGGCAUCUUCAAGUUUUCCCGCAUCAGAUUUCGAUGCCAAGGCCAGGAUUUGUUUCGGCAAUCCCUUUUAGACCAAAGACACCCACUCUCGCGUUGGCGAGUUGUGAGGCGCUGUAGCUACUAGGGGUCGGCCAAAUCGCUGUUUUCGGUAAUCUCGUGGGUCGUUUUCAUUUUCUGCUCAGUUCUGACGACGACGAAGCUAAAACGCAAAAUCGGCCGACCCCUGGCUGACGCUUGCCUGAGCUGUAGCUACCUUAGCUUGCGCUCAGUUGGGCUCCCGCUCGGAACGCCUUUCGGAGCUCCUGUGCUGAAUGUGGUCCUCCGUCGGGAUCUGUGCGCGUUUCAUGAAACAGGGGUUGAGGCUUCAAUGUUUCGGGCUCCAUUCGCGAUCUUGACCCUUGGUCGAAUCGCGGCUCUUGCGAGAGAUCUUUUUCGGGGAAGAGGCCUCCUGGUGGCUGAUUUUCUUCCCUGGGGGGGACGAGGCCCUGACCCCGAAGCAUGCAAGUUCUUCGUUUCCAGCUUAUGGCGCGCCGCAUGCACCCCCGGUGCUACAGCCGAGCUUAAGUGCUUACGUUCCUCCAAUAGCAGCGCUGCUAGGCAUGGUUUUGCCUCGCGGGGGCAAGCAGCUCUUUCGGGGGAGGCCUAGCGGCACGAGCAUUCUGCCGCGGAACAGCUGCAGACCAUGGCCGCUACCUCACCCGGCCAUAAUGCAUCUCACUGUCCUUGCUAUGCACUCAGCGGGCUGAGACCCCCAUCCUCCCACAGCUGCGCUGCCAGGCAUGAUCUUUCCUUGCGAGAGCUAGCAGCUCUUUUGGAGGAACUCAGCUUUUGCGCUUGACCGCUGUCAGCGGGAACAAUGGCCGCACUCCCUCCUCCCUUCUAUCUCUGUCCUCCGUUUUUCUCUCGCCCUGGAGUUGGCUAUCUCCUUCCUUUCCAAC